AUGAACGUUCCGAAGUUUGUCCAUUCCUCAGAUUUCUGCGCCUCGAGUAAUUCGAAAGUCGUGGUGGUCACCGCUGGCGCUAGGCAGUUGAAGGACGAGAGUCGGCUGGACCUUCUGCAGCGAAAUGUCGAUAUUUUCAAAAACAUCAUACCGCCCCUCGUCCAGUACAGUCCGGAAGCGGUAUUCGUCAUCGUGACGAAUCCAGUCGACAUCAUGACGUGGGUGGCUUGGAAGCUCAGCAAUCUACCCGUUCACAAGGUAGUCGGCACCGGAACCCAACUCGACUCGUCCAGAUUCCGCUUCCUACUCUCCGAUCGUCUCGGUAUCAGUCCGAGUUCGAUCUCGGCGUGGAUCAUCGGUGAGCACGGCGACACGCAGGUACCUUUGUGGUCCGGGGUAAACGUUGCCGGAGUCCAACUGCGCGAUAUCGUACCGAACAUCGGGCUACCGACCGACUACGAAAAGUGGCACGAAGUUCACAAGGACGUUGUCCGAGCAGGUACAACCGUGAGGUGUUUGAAAGGCUACACGAGUUCGGCCGUCGGUCUUUGCGUGGCUGACAUGGUGGACUGCAUCUUGAGAAACGUGAACGAAGUUAAAUCGAUCUCGACCCUCGUCCAAGGCCAUCACGACAUCAAAGACGAAAUAUUUUUGUCCCUCCCCUCGGCGCUGGGCGAGGAGGGUAUCACGAAAAUAAUUCGAAUGCGGAUGACGGAGUACGAGAAAAAAUUGCUCAAGAUAUCGGUCGACACGAUAACGAACGCUCAGAAGAACGUAAAGGUCUGAAGUCUUCCGCAUCGACGUCCUCGUGCGCAUCGUUCGCCGUUUGUGCGAUUUUGAAAUAAUUUGUGAAAAAGUGAAUAAAAUUAUUCGUCCUGCACGUCCUGCGCAAACGUCG